AUGACCGAUCUCGACAGGAGAUUAAUUCAUCUACUACGAGAUGGGACGUUCGCCACCAAGGAAGAUGAUGUUAAUCUUCCGGUCGAUCGAGGGAAAUUCCGUGGAAUACCCUUCGAUGCUGUUGAUCUAAGCAACAUAAAGAGUCAACAACAACAAAUAGAGAAGGACCAUGACAUCCAGAAGUGCCUAGAACGCUUCAAGACACUCCAGAAAACAAUACCUGGUUUCUAUCAUGCCAUGGAAAUAGACAGCGAGAAAAGAGUUCGGAGCCUGUUUUGGAUGGACGCAAUGUGCGUAAUGAACUACAAGCUGUUCGGUGACUACAUAUCUUUCGACACAACUUUCAGCACAAAUAAGUAUGGCUUACCAUUUGUUCCUAUAGUUGGGGUGAACAAUCACGGCUCCACAGUACUGUUUGCCGUUGCUCUGCUAAAGGAUCAAACAACAGAUACAUUUAUAUGGGUACUGGAAACAUUUGUUCAGGCCAUGGGUGGAAAAGAACCAAAGACAAUAAUAACAGACCAGGACAAGGCAAUGAAGAAAGCAAUAAAAACAGUUCUAAAGUCCACAACACACAGGAACCGCUACUACCACAUCGUGACCAAGAUGAGCCGUAAAGAGAGCACCUUCUUUGCAAAAAAUACAGGGCUGUCGGAAAUGCUAAUGUACAUUGCAAAGAACGCAUUCACACCAACUGAGUUCGAAAUGGGAUGGAAUAAAGUGAUAGAGGAUUACAAUGCUAGCGGAGAAGAACACCUAAGCAAGUUAUUCAGGAUAAGACACGGUGGGUACCAAGCAUACUUCAUGGAUAAAUUUUUCCCAUUCUCAUCAAGCACAGGAAGGAGCGAGAGCACAAAUAACAUGUGGAAAUGCUAUAGCCAGCACACAGACACGAUAACAAUGUUCCUUGAACAAUAUGAGGUAAUACAAGACAAGUGCUUAUCUGCCCUGGACAAGAAGAAGCUCACAUCAACACUGAAAACAGCAAAAUUAGUAACAAGACAUCCGUUUGAGAAGCAAGCUCUUGAACAAUUCACAAAUGACAUAUUCGAGAAGUUCCAGUAUUGA